AGCCGCGCUUCAGUCCGGUGCAGUGCGCGCGUCGCGGCGCUUCAUCUCUCUGAACUUCUUCACGGACCUGUUAUUCUCCGUUUAUUCCACGUUGUUACAUUGUUCUAUUCACUCAACUGCAGUGUUGGGCUUUUUCCAAGUUUUCACAACGCCCCUCUCGGCUGUUAUGAACUAACAAGAUACGGGCGACUCCAAGUUGAUUCCAGCGCGGCUCCAGUUUGAGGCAGCGGGUAUUUAUCGUCCCUGUCACCGGAGAGGGAUGGCUCUACAGGCGGGGAAUGUGAGCGUGCUGCCCGGGGAGGUGUCUGCGGGCUGCGCGGAGCAGGGGAACCUCACCAUGGAAGUUACUGACUAUAAUAACAGCUGCAAGAAUGUCUCAGUCCACCCCAGAGCGAGCAGAGGAGUCAAAGAAAUGGACUCUUUCCGCAUCCUGCUCUACUCGCUCAUCUUCCUGGUCAGCGUCUUCGGGAACCUGCUGAUCAUCGUGGUCCUGGUGCUGAACAAGCGCAUGCGGACCGUCACCAACUCCUUCCUGCUGUCGCUGGCGCUCAGCGACCUCAUGAUGGCCGUCUUCUGCAUGCCCUUCACCCUCAUCCCCAACAUCCUGGAGGACUUCAUCUUCGGAGCGGCCAUGUGCAAGACCGUCACCUACUUUAUGGGGAUCUCAGUUAGCAUCUCCACCUUUAGCCUUAUGGCCAUUGCCAUCGAGAGAUACAGCGCCAUCUGUAACCCGCUGAAGUCUCGCUCGUGGCAGACCCGGUCCCACGCCUACCGCGUCAUCGCUGCCACGUGGGUGGUGUCGCUAAUAAUCAUGGUGCCCUACCCAGUGUUCAGUGCCAUCAAGACUUUCCCGAAAAGCAAUGGUACUGUUGGCCACAUGUGUCGCCUGUUUUGGCCAAGCGGGGCCUCUGAGCAGACGUGGUAUGUGCUGCUGCUGUUCACUCUGUUCUUCAUCCCGGGAGUUGUGAUGAUUGUAGCCUACGGUCUGAUCUCCAGAGAGCUCUUCCGAGGCAUUCACUUUGAGGUGGGCCAGAACAGAGGGAGCACCCCCACCGCCCAGAAGAACGGUGUAGGAAAGACGGUUGCAGUAUCCAACGAUGACGACGAUGGUUGCUACAUCCAGGUGUCUAAAAAACCCACCUCCGCUGUGGAGCUCCCCACCCUCUCCGCCGCCCAGGCCAAAUCUGAGCGCGCCCGGAAAAACACCUCGGAGGCCAAGCUGCAGGCCAAGAAGCGAGUCAUCCGCAUGCUGAUGGUGAUCGUGGCACUCUUCUUCAUCUGCUGGAUGCCGCUGUACUCGGCCAACACCUGGAAGGCAUUCGACCUGAAGUCAGCCUCCAAAGCCCUCUCAGGGGCCCCCAUCUCCUUCAUCCAACUGCUGUCCUACUCCUCCGCCUGCGUCAACCCCGUCAUUUACUGCUUCAUGAACAUGCGAUUCCGCAAGGCCCUGUUGUCCACCUUCGCCUGCUGCUGCCGCAACCGGCUCUGCCGCUGGUGGUGCAAGAAGAAAGAGGGAGGAGAAGACGGCAUCAACGCCACCUCCAUGGGCACGUCCAUGGCUACCUCCAUGUCCAAAUGUAGCUACACCACCGUCUGCACCACCGCCACCUGCUGAGCCUCAAGCAAAGCUGGGUGUUUGCAUCAGUCUGUGUCAGGGAGCAGGGCUUACUGUGUGCACCAUCUGUUUUCUCCAAUCUUCAGCUUAAUAUGAUAUGAGUCAUUCUCUGAGUAAUGUCCCUGCCCUGGUUUAUGAAGCUUUUUCGCAAAGGUCUCCUUCAAGUUCUGCGUGCAUGGUUGCAGAAUGUGAGGCGAAUCGGUUUAGUGACAUUAUUUGUCUUCUGUUUAAUCAGCAGCAUCCGCUUUGUUGCAUCCCGAAGAGAACAUCAAGUGCCUGUGCUCUUUGUGUGGCUUGGUUUGUCAUGGUAGUUUGUUCACUGGCUGACGGACAUUUUAGCGACGUUGAAAAAUGGGAAUCCUGUGUACUUGUAAAUACUGUCUUUAUGUUCUUACUGUGUCAAAGGUAUAUUAUUGAUGGAGACAUACUGUUGAACAAGGAGGACUCAUUACCUCUGUAAAGAAUCAGUAUGGAUUUCAUUUCCUUUUGUGUUUAAUGUGGUUCGAUCUUUAGUCAUUCAGGGCAUCUCUCGCAGUUAUCAGAAUUAUUCUACGAAAGGCCACUCUGAAAAUCGUUGGGUUCUUAGUAAUCAGUCUAUUAUACCAAAACAUUUCAAAAGGGAACAGUGGCUGCAUUUUAUUCAGGACACACUUCCUGCUUAACUCUGACUUAGUGUUUUGCUUUUAUUGAGUUAUGUUUCAUCACUUCUUGUGUGUACAGCAUAUGUUCUGCUUACGCCAACAUGUGCAGCACCGCUUCUCGGUUCAGUUUGAAAAGGAAGGUUCAUCUUGACGAUAAACAUCUAAGGGCUGUAGCCUUUUUCUUGGCACAGCACAAAUGAGAAUGUUUUGAAUCUGGCAAUUGUCUUGCGUUGCACCACCCUGCAGCAUGGAACGUCAAACUAAAGUCUCCUGUUGCGACUGCUACACAUGUCUGUUGAAUACUGAUGAAGACAUUACCUUCAGGAUUUGAGUUGUUAGAGAAAAGCACACAUAGUCAAUCUAUGAAAGGUUGAUUGCACUUGCCCGUUGCUCCAGUCUGCCCCUGCUACACAUGGCACGGAGUCAGACUCACCUUUUCUGCUCAAUUAUCUCUGCGGUGUCUUUUAUGAACCAGCGCUGCGUUCCGCUGCAGUGCUGCCAAUUACUCUGAACAUUACCUAAGUACAAAGAGCCCGUUUCCAGGCAUAGACUAACGAGGUGUUUCUCAGGGACCCUCUCCUCUCCUGCAAAACUCAUGGCUAUGUCUUCAGAAAACUGAUGACAACUAGCCCCUCUGACGCUGCACAUCUGAGCCUUUCGAAUCGUUAACAACAACAACAACAUAAAUAGCAUCUUUCAUUCGAGACAAGGAACUCAACCUGAGCUACUGUACAGUUGAAAAGAGUUGUUUGUCAAAAACAAGUCCUGUAUUACAUGACAUGUCACUUGUUAGACGCUUUUAUCCAAAGUGACUUACAUACUCAACACUGUGGGCAAUCCCCACAGGAGACAUUUGGGGUGAAGUGUCUCAGGGACACAACGACAUGCUGACUGCAGUGGGGUUUGAACCUGUGUAUAAUAAUAGAAAUACAGCGAUUACAAUAAAAGUGAAAGCAGUAAAGGCUAGCUCAAGACAGUCUUUUUACAAGACAAACAGCCCAUUCGCUUACUUGCUGAGAGUGUGCUAAAUAUGAAGUAACAGCCAGCAGCUGGUUAGCUUAGCUUAGCAUAAAGAUCUGGUUUGCUGAAUCAAGCAUUCAAAUAACAUGGAAAGUAGGAUUAUCUAAUUAAGCUUACCGCUGUCUGCAAUAUUAAGAUAGUCUUGUUUUGUAUCAUGAUUUCUAGGUCCAUAAGCAAGCAGUUGAUAUUAUUUUAAAAACAGGACAUGUUGUUCUCGAUGAAACUACAAAUUACUCAUUACCUAAUUUGAAUUCAGUGAAUUCGGCCAAAAUAUGGCCAUGAUGCUGUUGCAGUGAACAUUGUAUAAAUAUAUAAAGAAGACUCUGAAUGUUACCGCUACAGCUCAAACAUAUCUGGAUUUGUGUUAAACAGUAUGAUGUAAUACUUUCUGUCCUACAUAUGAAGGCUGUUGUUUCAUCACUUUUAAGUCUGCUCCUCUUCUUCUUGUCCUCCAUCACCGAGCAUUCACGUCCCUGCAGCCCCCCACCCACACACCCACCUCCCUCCUGUGUAUCCCUGUCAGUGCAGAGGCGUAUGAAUACAUCAAUGGGAAUGGCGUGUGGGUGACAGCUUAGAUUAGCAGGCGCCCAGCGCUGUCCGAGAGCAGUUUACAGGCGGUAGCAGAGGGGGCAGGAGGGCAAUUGGCACUCAAAAAUCCUACAUGAAGGCUGACUGUAAACACCUCAUCUGGCGGCCUGCACUCCAUGUGCGCUUUUGUAAUUAAGGCAGGAGGCAAUUUCCAUAUCUUUGUGAGCCAGCCUCGUGAAUUUAGUCAGGAUUUUCUUUCACUAGUGUACUUUUAUCUUUCAUCAAAUAUUUAUUUUUUUACAGGUUUUUUUCGUGUUACAAAUUGGAGUAACACAUGGUUAAGGAUCUUACAGCUGAGUACAAAUAAUAACUAUAAGCUUCUUAUCCAGAGCUAUUUUGUAAUUGCUUUGCCUGUAGAUUCAUACCUUCACUAAGUACAUCUUGGUGCAUUAUGGAUGAGCAGUGCAUACACUUUCAGGUGACCUUGCUCACCUAAAGUGUUGGUAAAAGCUCCCAGAGAGGCAGAGAUUUGCUCUCUAAAAUGAACUGUUUUUGUUGAAUAUUAUUUUCUCUUUUUAUAUUCACCUCGGCAGGCUAGCAGGUUAUGAAUUAUUAAAAAGCAGCAAAUCUCCACGAUGCUCGCCUCGUCCAAAGUUUAAGAAAGUACGCCUUGCAUUCCUUAGCUUAAUAAUGUACACGUGAUAUCUUGUUUGUAAAAACACAAGUUGGAGUAAGGGAAAGUUUAUCAGACCGUAAAACAUUUUAAAUGAACCACCCUGCCAACACAAAGCGGUAUUAAAAAAAACAAUUCCGUACCGUGUUUUUAGAAAUGAUUAAAUAACAUUUUACUUGGGAUUUUAAACCGUAGGGCUAGCUGUAUCCCCCUGCUUCUACUUACUAAGCUAACGGUUGCUUUACUAGGGCAGCUUAAUAUAUCAGAUUAUUGAUAUACUGUAGCAAAAUAUGGACAAGUGCAAUAUCCAAAUCGCAGUAAUAUGUGAAAAUAUCUAAAUUCAUUUUUUAAAUAUUUUUGUUCAAUGAUGUUUCAGAUCAUAUCACAAUUGCAAUCAGAGAAUUUAAGAGCGAUUGGUUUUCUUUUGAACAAAUCAUGAAACCCUACAAUAGACGAUCCAAUAUGUCUAAUUAUUCCUUUAAGGAUAUAUGGAGCACCUCCACCACUGCAGUCCUCUGGUCAGUACUGUAACUUUAAAAAGCCGGCUACAAAAGUAAUUGAUUAUUUACCAAGUUAGUUUACGGACAAAUCCACUUUAGGGGUGAGGAAUCAAGUUCCUACCCUGUCCCCAGAACAGUGCCUGAUGCAAAUUGAAAGUGAAAUGAGACGGAGGCACGGGAGCACAGCCGCUUCCUCUCUUAUCUCCACCUCCCUCAACAAGAAUCCCAUUAGGCGCUCCAGGCGGCACAAGGAAAAAAAAGAGUAAAACACUUUACGCCAAACAAACCAUGUGGAACAAUUUGUGACCGUCUCGAGGGGACACUAAAGAAGGGACAGCACAAAAUAUCAACUGUAGCGUCAUAUUUCAUAAAUGUCACUUUUCUGAAUAGGAUCCGUCUGUGGUGAUUCAUGGGGCCGGUUCUUUAAGAUGCUCAUUAUCAUUUUGCUCGUGCUAUGGAGGGUUUUUAUGUAUUCACUGAAGAAUUACACAGUCGUUCUAAGCUUGCAAAACUUACAAAUGCCACAAACAAAGCUGCUUUUCUUCAUUCCUGAAAAGUGUUGGGAGAUGUUCCCGCCGGUAGACAAAUCUCUCAUAAGUAAAUUAGAAGAAAUUGUUUCUCAAUUAUUUAUAAUGGCUUCCCGGGGAACGGCUGCCCGUAAAAUGUGCCUCUGCUAGAUUUGUAUUUUUGUUCUUCUUGUGGAAUAAUUCAUAAUUGCGGCGAGUGAUUUUUGUAGUUUUAUCUCAGGCACAGAAUGAAACAUUUCGUUUUUGGUCUACAGGUUUUGCACCUGAGAAACAUAGCUAAUUGUUUCCACGUUCAUGUUUUACUCAGCCUUACAGAGUACCUCCUUGUUGAAAAAAAAGGGAAAUUGUGUCUUUGUUAGCUUUCUUUUGUCGAUUUUCUUUACGGGAAGAUUUGAGUUGUUUCUAACACCUUUUGAGGAAAAGUGUUAACAUGUAAGUCUCAGCCUUUUGAGAGAAGAAACGGUAAACAAACUGAGCAAGAGGUGAGGAAAUCGUAUUUAUGGUGUUGGACAUCCUUCCCUGAUGGUGAAAGAUGUCUGUGUGCUUCUACAUGCUCUAAAUGUUUACUAAAGCAGUCUCUGCUGAAUUAUUUUUACAUUUGACCACAUCUGGUGCCUGCUCGUGCUACAUUGUAAUACUAUAAUAUGUGUAAAUGUCUGUUAGUUGAAACAGGGAAUACUGUCAUGGCUGUGCAAGGUUCUAAAUGUGAGGUUAUUGUGUUUGUGAUGUUUUGCUUUCACUGUAUAUCCAGUCUGAUAUAGUUAUUAUGGUUACUGGCUACAUGUGCAGUAUUUUCAUGACAAAUGUCCAUUAUUUAACCAAAAUAAAUAUUGGGGGAAAACAUGA